AUGAAGGAAACAAAUAACGAUGUUAAGGAUUUUGUGUCGGAAAUUCGGAAAAUUGAAACAUGGAAAUAUAUUGAUGAAGAGGCGAAAACUUUAUUUUAUUUGAAAAAAAUAAUUCAAGAAGAAAUUAUAAUGCUAAAAUUUACCAAAAAUGAAAAAUCAUCCUUAAUGAAAGAAAAUAAAAAUGAAAGGUUAAAGACGGAUAAUAAAAUACAAAAACCGAAGGAUUAUAAUAUCAAUAAAAGUAAAUUAUCUCGUUUUCUGAACUCUACCAUAUCUUAUGAUAAUUAUUUUAACUUAAAUAAAACACGUGAACAAAAUGCAACAACAAUGAUAAAGAAUGACAAAUUUGAAAAAAUACAAAUAAAGAACCAUUUGAUAAAGAGUGGAAUUGAACAAAAUGGUCAUAAUAAUAAUAACGAAGUAAAAAAUAGUUUAAUUAAUAACGAAGUAAAAAAUAGUUUAAUUAAUAACGAAGUAAAAAAUGAUUUAAUUAGUAACGAAAUAAAAAAUGUUUUAAUUAAUAGCGAAAUAAAAAAUAAUUUAAUUAAUAUCGAAAAUUUUAGCAAUUUCGAGAUAGUUGGCGAUAGUUUAAAAAAGGAAUAUGCUCCUAUAAUAAUGAAAUUAAAUAAUCAUAAUAUUUCACAUGAUCAAAAUUCCAAUUAUAGUGAACAUAACAAUUAUUAUAUGAACGAAAAGUUAACACACAGUGAAAGAAAAGAUGAGCCUAUGAAAAGUAAUGAAGAAAAUAAUUUUGAUAUUUUUAAAAGUAACCCUGAAAAAAAUGAAAUAAGUCCAAGUGUGAAAAAUAAAAUAUGCUUUAAUUUUGAUAAUUUAUCUGAAAAUGAUUGUGAUUUUAAAAAGGGAAGAAAUGAAAAUGUGCCUUGCUAUCCCACUUCUAUUGAUAACAUAAUAGGGGAUGGUACCAAAAAAUCAAUUCAGAUUAAAAAAGACAAAAUAAAUGAUAACAUGAUUGGAAAUAUAGAUAGCGAUUGUAAUAAUGAAGAAAAUUAUAUUUUAAAAAAUGAAAAAAAAAAUAUCUAUUAUAAAUAUAUACAAAAAAAGAAAAAUGUAUUAGAUAAAAAAAAGCAUAUGAAAAUUUCUCAAAAUGAGAAUAAUAUCUAUUCUAAUAAUUCAAAAAAUGAUGAAGAUCUAAGUUCUAACAUUUGUAGAAUACCCCUAAUUAAUAAUCACAUGCCUACAUAUAUUUCUACUGAUUUAAUUUUAAAAAAAAAAACAUUUAUGACUAUGUCACUAUCUCAAAAAAAAAAAUAUUUUGCAGAACAUAGUAAAAAAAUAAAUAGUAUAAUAAAAAAUGAAAUCGUUAAAGGUAUUCCUGAUUAUUUAAGAGGGUUUGUGUGGCAAAUAUUACUUCAAUCAUAUGUAUACAAAGAUAGAACUUAUGCUGAUAAAGAUAUAAAUAAUAAUGAAAAUAAUUCAGAAUAUAUUAAUCAGAGUAAUAAAUGUGAAAAAGGAUAUAAAUAUUAUCUAAGCAUAACCAAUAAAUAUGAAAGUUCUAUUAAAAAGGACAUAAAUAGAACAUAUCCAAAACAUAUAUUAUUUAAAAAUAAUUAUGAAAAAGGACAAAAAAUAUUAUUUAAUGUUUUAAAAGCAUAUAGUAAUUAUAAUCAAGAUUUAGGAUAUUGUCAAGGAAUGGCUUUUAUAGUUGCGACAUUUAUAUUAUAUAUGAAUGAAGAAGAUUCUUUUUAUAUGUUAAUAGCAUUAAUAGAUAAAUAUAAAUUAAAUGAUUUAUUUUCUUCUAGUAUGCCCUUAUUAAAUGAAUAUUUAUAUAUAUUAGAUAAAUUAUUAUUACAUUUUUUUCCAAAAAUAUAUAACCAUUUAGAAAAAGAAAAUGUUCACUCAAGUAUGUAUGCAUCUCAAUGGUUUAUAACAUUAUUUUCUUAUAACAUAAAUAUUUUAUAUGCAAUACGAAUAUGGGAUUUUUUUUUUAUACAUAAUUAUACUUUUCUUUUUAAAGUAGCUCUUGCAUUUUUUAAAUUACAAGAAGAAGAAAUAUUAAAAGAAUCAUUUGAGGAAAUACUAAAUAGACUUAAGGUAUUAUCAAAACAUGUAGAAUUAGAUGUAUUACUUAAAACUGCUUUAGAUAUAAAAAUAAAAAAUGGCUUGAUUACCAAAAUUAUAUCUGAAUAUAAAUCACAAAAAUGA